ACACAAACACUUCGUUCCAUUCCGAGCGAGAAAGUCUGUUAAAUUUCACAUCGAUGAAGACUUGGUUGACUUGUUGCGAAUACCUUGCGAGUCGCUGCUGGAUUGUGUAAUCAGUUUCUCUGGCAAUGUACUCAUAAAUGUAGUGCGGAAGUUAUAAUAAAAUGGUUCAUAAGCAUUAUAACCAAACCGCAACAUUAGCCACGGAUGAAGAAGCUGCUGUGCCAUUGCGGAAUCUGAAGCCGCGCAGUUCUGUUCAAUAUGGUGUGACGGGAGACGAUGAUACACUUUUCUUCCGCGAUGGGCAACGGCGAAUUGACUUUGUGCUGGUGUACCGUACUGGCGGCGUGAAAGCAGUGGAUCACAAACGCGAGCAGCAACGAGCCGAUUUCCAGGAGGAGAUUGAACUGCAGGGAAUUGACUUCGAACAGGAAGUGAAAUCUAUUCCUGGUCAACCGCCAGAAGUUAAACUCUGCUUCGUCAAAUUGCAUGCAACAUGGGACUUACUCACGAGAUAUGCCGAUAUCAUGAAAAUUCGCAUGCCUUUGAAGACCGAAUUGGAAACGUUUCCCGAAGAUACGUUUUCUCGUUACUGCCCGAACCUGGUGGUUGACCGGACACUUCUUCCCAAGCUUCCCCAUUAUGUCACUACUGGUUUUUCCAAAUCCAAGGAGGCACUAUUUCACAUCGUGGACCAAGACACAUUUUUUUCACCGUCGCAGCGAAGUCGGAUAAUUUGGGAAUGUCUAUCCCGAAUAACAACAACGUCUGGCAAGCAUCAUAUGGGUAUACAAAAACUUCUAGGAGACGGCACAUUCCAAGCAGCAUAUCCACUGCACGAUGGUCCAUAUGAAGAAAAAUACAAGAGACCGUCGAACUUGCGAGCAAUCUUGUACAAUCAGUGGGGUAGAUUUGCCAGAUUUGUCAAGUUCCAGCCAGUCACCUACAUCAAAAAUUACUUUGGAGAACGGGUUGGGUAUUAUUUUGCUUGGAUGGAAUUUUACACAUUGAUGUUGAUACCGGCGGUUAUCGUGGGAUGGAUCUGCUUGUUGUAUGGUGCGGCUAACGUAAAAGGCGACAUCCCGGCACAAGAACUCUGUACUUCGAAGGAUAUGGGAAUGACCGUCAUGUGCCCGAUUUGUGAAAGGCGUUGUCCGUACUGGAGAUUGAAGGACAAAUGUCAUUUUGCUCAGGCAACAUAUUUGAUUGAUAAUCCGGCGACGAUCUGUUUUGCUACAUUUAUGGCAUUGUGGUCAUCGUUGUUUAUAAUGUUGUGGAGAAGGAAGCAAAAUAUUUUAUCGUGGAAUUUUGACACGUACGAUGUGUUAGAACAAGAGGAGCCAGUCCGUCCAGAAUUAGAGGCGCGUUUUCAGCCUGAGAACUGGAAAAUAAAUCCUAUAACAGGCGUUAAGGAGCCAUACAUUUCACCCGUCCGUCAAUUCUUUCAAUCGGUUCUGUCCGGCACCGUGGUAUUGUUCAUGAUAUUUUUGGUUUUUGCUGCUACUUUUGCAACAAUUGUGUACCGUGUGACUUUAAACAUCGCCAUUUAUUCCGCAACCCGAGCGAGUCAGGAUAUAAAUGAGACCGCGGGAGAUUCAACUACUCUAAAGUAUUCCACAUAUAUUGUCAGUAUUACCGCCGCGUUCCUCAACUUGAUCGUUAUUUUAAUCCUUAACGGGGUUUAUUUUUGGAUUGCUAAAUGGCUGACUGAAAUGGAAUAUCCUAGAACGCAGACAGAAUAUGACAACCGUCUCACUAUGAAAUACUACAUCUUCGAAUUUGUCAACACGUAUACAUCGUUGUUUUAUGUUGCAUUUUUCAAAGGACGUUUUCCCGCUGCAAUCCCUAACAACAGAAUUCUUGGUGAUGUUCCAGUAGAUCGGUGCGACAAAGCCGGAUGCCUGAUUGAGUUGACGAUCCAGUUGGGUGUCCUCUUCCUUGGCAGCAGCUUAGCCAAUAUUAUCAGUGAGAUUCUGGUGCCAUGGUGUAUCCGCCGCUACCGCAACAUCCAAAGUCCGAAGCUGAAAUCGCAGUGGGAACAGGACCAUGAUUUGGCCAGCUUUCCGACAAUGGGAAUGUUUAUGGAAUAUAGCCGAAUGGUGACUCAGUUUGGAUUCAUCACCAUGUUCGUGGCGGCAUUUCCAGUAGCACCGAUAUUUGCCUUGGUCAACAAUUUAAUUGAAAUUCGUUUGAAUGCCUAUAAAUACUUAACGUUUUUUCAACGCCCCGUUGCCUUAUGGGUGAGAAAUAUUGGCGCCUGGGGAAAAAUUCUGGAAAACGUGGCAAGAUUUUCCGUUAUCACAAAUGCAUUUAUAAUUGCAUUUACAUCCGAUUUCGUUCCGCGAUUGACCUAUAUGUUGGCUUAUUCCACGGAUGGAACACUUAUGGGAUAUAACAACUGGACUUUGUCAGCGUUUAACACAGAAGACUUUGCUUUCGACAGUAAGCCUGAGUUUCCUGGUCACGAUGAAUUUGACCCUUUGAAUCCCCCUGGACUAUGCUGGUAUUACGAAUUCCGCACUCCUCCAUGGGAUAUCAAUUCAAAGCGAUAUGCUUUCUCGAUGACAUAUUGGAAUGUCUUGGCUGCCCGAGUGAUUUUGGUUCUAGUUUUUGAGCACUUUGUUAUGGUUGUGACGAAACUGAUUUCAAUUUUCGUUCCGGACAUGCCGCGAUCGUUGAAAAUUAAGAAACUGCGUGAUAAUUUCGUUGCAAAGGAGGCCUUUUACGAAGCGGAAUACCGCAAACAAGAACCAAUGCGUCGCGCUGCUACGGCUAAUCGCUCAAAGACACCGCAAACACAGCGCAGAACCGAGCUGUAAACUGUCCGUUUGUUGUCCGGUGAUUUUUUUAAAUUUGACUUUUUCACUGUCCAGUGUCCACUCUUAUGCCAUAUCAGAGCGUAUGUGCUGGUUUUAUGAUUUUAGAACUACUCAGGGACCGUUCUGUUUGUAUUUUUCAAAGCAAUACUGAAAAUACUCGGGUAUCGGAAUCGA